GUGGCUGUCUCCUCACUUCCGGGAACGCCUGGGCUACGAGGCCGCCCCCUGCUCACCGCGCAGCCAGCCGGCCGGCCGGGACCGCGAAGUGGGUGAGCGCGCAGUUACGAGCCGAGUCAGGCCGAAGCUCCGCUGUCCGCGCGGGCCCGGCCUCUCUCUGCGGCCAUGGGAGCGUCUGCGCGGCUACUGCGCGCAGCGAUCAUGGGGGCGCCGGGCUCUGGCAAGGGCACCGUGUCCUCGCGCAUCAUCAAACACUUCGAGCUGAAGCACCUCUCCAGCGGGGACCUGCUCAGAGAUAAUAUGCUUCGGGGCACAGAAAUUGGUGUUUUAGCCAAGACUUUCAUUGACCAAGGAAAGCUCAUCCCAGAUGACGUCAUGACUCGGUUGGUCCUUCAUGAGCUGAAAAAUCUCACCCAAUAUAGCUGGCUGUUGGAUGGCUUUCCAAGGACACUUCCGCAGGCAGAAGCCCUGGAUAGAGCCUACCAGAUAGACACAGUGAUUAAUCUGAACGUGCCUUUUGAGGUCAUCAAGCAGCGCCUUACUGCUCGCUGGAUCCACCCAGGCAGCGGCCGUGUCUACAACAUCGAGUUCAACCCUCCCAAAACCGUGGGAAUUGAUGAUCUGACUGGGGAGCCUCUUGUUCAGCGUGAGGAUGAUAGACCAGAGACAGUUGUCAAGAGACUGAAAGCUUACGAAGCCCAAACAGAGCCUGUCCUGGAGUACUACCGGAAAAAAGGGGUGUUGGAAACAUUCUCUGGAACAGAAACCAACAAGAUCUGGCCACACGUUUAUGCUUUCCUACAAACAAAACUUCCACAAAGAAACCAGGAAACAUCAGUUACUCCAUGAGGAAAAGUGCAUGUAACUAGGAAGAUGAGCAGAAGCUCCUUGUCUUUUGCAUUUAGAAGUUCCUUGUCCUAAGACUCUGGCCUGUAUAAAUUCUUUGAAAAUUAUGUUAGUUUCAUUUCUGCUGAUUUUAUCCUGGAAAUUAAGGAUGUGCCAAAUGAGUCAGUUAUGAAGAUUCAUCUUCUGAAAUGUUUAGUGUGUUUUAUCUAGUUACCUUCUAACUAGAUAAAAUUAGAAUUUAAUUAGCACAAUUAUAAAAUAUUAUAAAUGUCUAACUAGACUUGAAAAUUGUUGAGUGUAAUUGCAAGGGCAAUUGGUAAUCUAAGUUUUGUUCAGAAAAGAAGUGGUGGAUAAAGUUUCCUUAUUUUUCUGGAAAAGUAAAAAAAGAAAAAACUUC